UCAAUAUCUCAUUGAAGUACAAGACAGUGACAUUAACAUAACAGAUAAUAAGAAAUGGAAUGCAUUAGAUCAUAGUGCUGGGAGUGGUAACAUGAAGCUAGUCCAAUACCUCAUUAAUAAUCAUCAAUUGCCUCUCACAUCAAUUGCAUUACUUCAAGCAGUAUGUAGUACUAAACUAUCGUUAAUUAAAUUAUUAGUUAACGAAUAUAAACUAGAUCUUCAAGUUAAAAGUUGUGACGGUAUGCAAGCAGUUCAUUGUGCAGCUCAAGUGGCUGCUAUUGAUGUCUUAGAGUAUUUAGUAAAAGAUUGUGGAUGUGAUUUGGAUAGAGUAGGUGGAGUAGACAAUUUGACAUUUCUAAUUGAUGUAAUGAAAUGUGAUGUCACUACUGAAGAUAAGAUUGGCUACACUUGUGUCACAAGGGCAUGUGAAUCUGUGGAGGAGCAUCAGUUGGAUCUCACUAUUAAAGAUUACAAUGGAAUGGCUCCAGUUCAUGUAGCCUGUGAAGAAGGAUCAUUGAAUAUAGUCAAGUACAUUAUAGACCAUUCACCAUUAUCUCUUGAUAUGACCGACUCUUUUGGACGUACUCCACUACUUAUUGCAGCUUUCUCUAAGAACCUUCCCAUCAUUCGUUACCUCAACAGUAAAACAUGCAACAUUUCUAUACUGGAUGAUAAAGGGUUUAACGUAAUACACAUAUCGGCAAAGGGAGGGUCUUUGGAUAUAUUGAGGUUUUUCGUUGAUGGUCGUUACUGUAAUCCUGAUAUCACUGAUGCUUCUGGUCGUACUCCACUUUAUCUGUCAGCUCAAGAGGGUCACUUGGAAAUAGUAGAAUAUCUAUUGGAUAGUCCAAGCUACAAUAAACCACGUGUAGAAUUAGUAGACAUGGCAGAUAGCAAUGGUAACACAGCACUUCAUGCAGCAUGCAGCCAGGGUCAUCCUGAUAUAGUGUCUACUAUAGCAGGAGCUUACAAGUCUCUUAAUAUUGAUAUUUAUUCAAUUAAUGAGAAGAGACAGACUCCAUUACACUUAGCAGCAGCUAAUGGUCACGUUAAUACAGCCGUGUCUUUCUUAUCAGCCACUACUGGUACUAGCAAUCAUGAGAAGCUCCUUGGAGCAGUGGAUGGUGAUGGUUGUUCUCCUCUUCAUUUAGCUUGUCAAAAUGGUCACUAUAGGAUGACACUGUAUCUGUCUGAGGUGUAUCCAGCUAAUGUUUAUAGU